AUGCUGUCUAAAACACAUAACUUAUCUGAGAAUCUUCAAAAAAAGAACUUAGAUCUCACACAGGCUGUGAAAAAUGUUUCGAAUGUCUUAGAUCUGCUUUCAAAAGAAAGGGAAAAUGCCGAUAACAACUUUAAAGUCCUGUAUAGUCAAAUACAGGAGCGGGCUGACAAACUUAAGAUUAAAGAGGAGGUUCCUAGAAUUUGCCGCCUUCAAACAGCCCGCAACAACGUUCCAUACAGUACCCAAGAAGAGUACUAUCGCCGAGCUGUUUAUUUACCUUACCUAGACGAUUUUUGCAAUUCGCUGAAGGAACGCUUUGAGUCUCACAAGGAAACAGUUGCAUCCUUACAAAACAUCCUUCCAGAAUUUUGUAUCAAAACUGAUUUCUGUGCAUUGGAACCUGCUUUCAAUUCCUAUGAAGAGGAUUUGUCCCAUAAAGAGGUUGUGGAAAGCGAGUUCAUGCUGUGGAAAGAAAGGUGGAGCCAAGAGAAGUAUGAAAAUCUUCCCAAGUCAGCCGUAAGCUCUCUUGAAAAAUGUGACCAAGAUUUCUUCCCAAACAUUUAUGUUCUAUUAAAACUGCUAGCAGUUCUGCCUGUUUCUGUGGCAACCGUGGAAAGAUCGUUCUCAAGUUUAAGAAGGCUAAAAACAUACUUGAGAAAUAGCACUUCGGAAAAUAGGCUUAAUGGGCUAGCGUUGCUUUCAAUCCACAGAGACUUUGCAAUAAGCAAUGAAGAAGUUCUUGACAAGUUUGCGAGUGUACCAAGAAACCUUGAUUUUGUGUUGUAA